AUGCCGUCAGAGGGCCGCUGUUGGGAGACCCUGCAGGCUCUGAGGAGCUCCGACAAAGGACGCUUGUCCUACCACCGCGACUGGCUGUUGAGGGGCGAGGAGAUUUUGGAAGAAUGUAUGUCCAUUCCUGAGUUGUCUACUUACUCUGGAUGGGUGGUAGACCACAUCUUGCCUCACUCUCACCAGAAUCAACUUCCCUCUGAGAAAUCAACACUUUCCUCUGCUCCUGACCAAGUAUUGUCUAUUCCUAAAUCUCCUGCCAGACAUGCAAAGGUAUCCUCACCAGUUUCCCUUGCAGCUCCAAGUGGAACUCAGUGUCAGGAUGAAUACCAUCAGGCAAAAUUUGUGGUACUUCGUCCCUCCCGGGGAAUGGAGGUGGAAGGAUGCAUUCGAAUGUAUGAGGAGGUACACAGGAUGAAAGGAACUAAAGGAUUAAGGCAGUGGCAGGAAGAGCAUGAAAGGAAGGUAAGGGUCCUCUCUGAGAUGGCCUCAGAGCAGCUGAAGCGAUUUGAUGAACGAAAGUCAUUGAAACAACACAAGGAGUAUCAGGACCUUCGGGAAGUGAUAGAGAAAAGUUUCAAAGAAGCACAAGGUCAGCAGGAGAAGCUAAAAGAGGAACAUCGUCAUAGAGCCAAGAUUCUCAACCUGAAGCUACGUGAGGCUGAACAACAGCGAUUGAGGCAGAUAGAACAAGAGCGGCUUAGGAAAGAAGAAGGCCAGGAUCGUUUGCGGCGUCUCUAUGCCCUUCAAGAGGAGGUAUUGCAGCUCAACCAGCAGCUGGAUCCAAAUUAUCAGCACAAGGACCUACUGAGAAUAGAUCUGUCUGGGUAUGGAAGCAGAGGAAACCAGUUAUGUGGACUUAUUUCGGACAUCAUUCGGACCACCAGUGAGAGAGGUUUUCCUGCCCCAGAAGAUGAAGCUAUGGCAGAACGUGCCCUGCAGGAAAUGCGGCAGGUGCUUACUGGUUUGCAACAGGAGAUUGCCAAGGCUAUUGAGGAAAAGAGGAGACGAGAUGAAGAGGAGUCCAAGGACAAACAGGGAGAAUUAGAGCAACAGCCAAAAGCUGAGAAGGAGACCCCAGAUCCUGCUCAGUGUCCAGGAGGGAAACAGAGAGAAGGCCUCCAUGUGAAAGCAGGAGACAGUACAAUGCAGUGGUACCAGCAGUUACAGGAUGCUGCCAAUCAAUGUGUUUUGGCUUUUGAUGGAUUAACCAAUAGCAAAGAUCAUCAGUCUAAGAAGAUCAAAAUGGACCUGCAGAAAGCUGCCACUAUUCCUGUGAGCCAGAUCUCUACUAUAGCAGGCUCACAGCUGAAGGAGAUCUUUGACAAGAUCAACAAUCUGCUCUUGGGAAAAGCUGUUCACUGUGGUGGUCGGGCUGUGUCAGUGACAAACCAUCAACAAGGCUUGGACUUUGUCCAUUACAAACUGGCAGAGAAAUUUGUGAAACAAGGAGAAGAAGAAGUGGCUUCUCAUCAUGAAGCAGCAUUCCCCAUUGCUGUUGUGGCAUCAGGAAUCUGGGAACUCCACCCCAGAGUGGGAGACCUCAUCCUUGCUCAUCUUCACAAAAAAUGCCCUUACUCUGUGCCUUUCUACCCAGCCUUCAAGGAGGGAAUGGCCUUGGAAGAAUAUCAGAAGCUCCUUGGCUACCAAGUAAAGGAUUCCAAAGUAGAACAACAAGAUAAUUUUCUGAAAAGAAUGUCUGGGAUGAUUCGUCUCUAUGCUGCUAUCAUUCAACUUCGUUGGCCUUAUGGAAAUAGACAAGGGGCUCAUCCUCAUGGCUUAAACCAUGGCUGGCGCUGGUUGGCACAGAUCCUGAACAUGGAGCCUCUGUCAGAUGUAACUGCCACUCUUCUCUUUGACUUCUUAGAGGUAUGUGGGAAUGCACUCAUGAAACAGUACCAGGUUCAGUUCUGGAAGAUGAUGCUACUCAUAAAAGAAGAAUAUUUUCCCAGAAUUGAAGCCAUCACCAGUUCAGGACAAAUGGGAUCUUUCAUACGUCUCAAACAGUUUCUGGAGAAAUGUCUGCAGCACAGGGAGAUUCCCAUCCCAAAGGGCUCUCUGCCUUCUUCUUUCUGGCGUUCCUGAUGGUGGCUUGGGUGCUGGUUCCUUUCUUGGAGGAAAAGAAAUAAAAAAGAACAGAAGACAGCAGAAUUUUAGGGGAAAUUGUCUCAGAUUUUGAAAUCUGAAAAUGUAGUUGGUUUUUAAAAAAAUUCUUAUGGCCAGGGGGAGGUUAUUUUUCACAGUUUGAAUGUCUUCUCAAACUUAAUCAUGAAUUACGUAAAGAAGUCUUCACCUAGGAGAAACAGUAGUCACAAAGACAAUUGGCUUUGAUAAGCAUGACAUAGUGAGAGGAAUUUGACUUUUAUUCUUUAUGAAAGAUAUAGAGAAAGGCUAUUGUUCAAUAAUUAUAAUAGUAACAGUUUACAUUUAUAAUCAUUUUAUGAUCACAAAGUGCUUUCAUGUUAUCUUGCUCCUUACCACAAACACUUUCAGAUAGGUAGUGUAAUUACUACUCUUGUCCCUGAUUGCCAGAUAAAGAAACAGGCUUAGAAAGUUUGUGACUUGCUCAUAGUUACUUCGCUUGUAAGUGAUGAAGUUAGGAUUUGAAUGUAAGUCUUCUAACCCCAAGUUCAGUUUUCUUUCUGCAAAAGAACUUGUCCCAAUGUUCCCUCCUCUUUUAGUAUUUGUUUAGCAGUUUGGACAUUAGGUUUAGAAUAGAGCUAAUUCUUCAUAUUUAGCCAAAUCCCUUGAAAAGGAGCAAAGUUUUGGAGAGAAUGCUUUUUGUAAUUAUCAUUGAAUGGUAAUAAAUAUGUUUCAGAGCCUAUUAUGUUUACAAUCAUGUCUGGUUUCUGGUUGAUUUGCUUCUCACAACUUUGGAUUACAUGUGGUUGAGAGAUAGAGUAUGUUAAAUUUUAAAAAAGCAUGCUCCCUUCAGUAAUACAUAUAUCAAAUCUAAAAAUGCAAUUGCCUUGGAUGAGCCAAUAUGGCUGUUUAAUAUUGACAGUAUUGGAAGUUUUUACAUGGUAUUGAUUUCUUUAGGCUUUGCUUUGUUUUUACUUGUCUACAUCAUAGCAUAAUAAUCUUUAAUUUUUACAGUUAAUCUAAGAUUCACUGAGGUCAGUGCUAUCUGUAUUAAACGUGGAGGGAGCCACAAAUUGAGCACAAAAAGAUGUUAUGAAUCUGCAGAAAAAUAAGAAUACAUUUGUCUCCUAUGUCCUUCAGGGAAAUCCAGAUCUUGAAUUGUUGGGAGAUUUUAGAUUUGUUGUGAAGAAAAGAACCAUUCUCCUUUAACUUGAUGUCAAUUAUGUGUAUAAUAUAUGGCUAGUAGUUUUUUAAUA